CCUCAGUUCAUCGUGCAUUCUUGUCUACAGUUUUUGCAUUGAUACAUCAGCUGGUCUGAAUUGUAAUUCACUCACUUACUUCAUCGUCUGAUUUUCAACAUGCGCUUUUCAACCACCCUCAUCAUCGCCUCCGUGGCUGCCCUCGCCGCUGCUGCUCCAACUUUGGAGGGUAAUUCGAGUUUGAACCGGAGAUCUGUGGAGGUUGGAGAGAAUGUCGCGAGGGCUGUGACAGAUGUGGAGUUGCAGGAGUAGGUCUUCAUACAAAGGGAACUGUAAUUUGGAUCUGGGCUAACAGUCUUUGAAGGAAGAAACGUGAUCUUAAUCUAGUCAAAGUUCCAGAGGCUAUUCCCCGUGACCUUGAUGCACAAAUUGUAGAGCGUCAGGCAAAGAAGAAGAACAAGAAGAAGAAGAAGGCAGCGGCCGCUAAGCGUGACCAACUUGAGGAACGGGACGAAUUUGAAGCCCGUGAUGUUGAGAUCUCGGAGCGACAGGCAAAGAAGAAAAACAAGAAGAAGAAGAAGGCUGCUGCCGCCAAACGCGACGAGCUCGUGGAAAGGGACGAACUUGAAGCCCGUGAUGUUGAGAUCUCGGAGCGACAGGCAAAGAAGAAAAACAAGAAGAAGAAGAAGGCUGCUGCCGCCAAACGCGACGAGCUCGUGGAAAGGGACGAACUUGAAGCCCGUGAUGUUGAGAUCUCGGAGCGACAGGCAAAGAAGAAAAACAAGAAGAAGAAGAAGGCUGCUGCAUAG